CAUCUAUAUAUUGACUUACAUUUUAGCUAGCUAGAAGCAAACUCAUAUCAUUACAAAAUAGAAAGAUUGAUACAUCAUUCAAGUGAUUCAACCUCCAAAAAGAGCAAAAUGACAAUUAUAGAGAUGAGGGUACACAUGGAUUGCCCUGGGUGUGAAAACAAAGUGAAAAAUGCACUUCAAAAACUGAAAGGGGUGGAUGACAUUGAAAUAGACAUAAAGUUACAAAAGGUGACCGUGAAUGGACAAGUUGAUCAAAAGAAGGUUUUGAAAACGGUUCGAAAAACCGGGUUAAGAGCUGAACUAUGGCAACUUCCUCAUACCACAGAGUCUCAAAGCCAAUAUUUUCAACAACACCUUUGCAAUGGUCCUGUCCCUUAUUAUGCUUCUCAACCUUCCUCAUCUUACAACUACUAUAAGCAUGGUUAUGAUAGUAGUGAUCCUAGCUAUUAUAAUUAUCCUUCUCAAUCUUCUAUUUUUGGCCAUCAAACUGGUGCUACUUUUAGUGAUGACAAUCCUCACGCUUGUUUUAUUAUGUGAUCGAUCAUUUCUUGCUCAAACCAAUCAAUACAAUAUGUAUUUUUAUAACAUAAUAUCAUUUGUAUUUAUAUUUUA